AUGGCCGGCGAUCACAAGUGUCCAGUAUGCCAGUCCACUUUCACCCGCCCUCAGCAUGUUGCCCGCCACAUGCGAUCCCAUACCGGCGAUAGACCAUACAAAUGUCAGCACUGUGGUGAUCAGUUUGCAAGAAGCGACUUGUUAUCGAGGCAUGUCAACAAAUGCCAUGCAUCCGAAAAACCACCUACCACUACCGCUCCCAACCGCCGCAAGGGCGCUGUCGCCGCCUCCAGGGCGACCACCUCUAAACAGGCUUGUGACCAGUGCGUUCAAUCCAGCCUUCCUUGCGAUGGCGCCAACCCAUGUGCCAAGUGUCUUCAGCGGAAAUGCCGAUGCACUUACGUCAAAUUCCAUCGCCAGACCGCACCGCAGGGCCCAGGUCACCCCCUCCCCAAUCAGGCCCCUCAGCCAGGCCGCCAAAUUCUUCCCGGGGCCUCACAAGAAUUCAUCCUUCCUCCCCAGAACGCCUUCUCGUUCCCCUCGGUUUACUCCUCGAAUCCUAACGACCAAUAUAACAUCCCCUCGACUUCAGCCUCGCUAUAUGCGCAGGGAUACCCUAAUGCCAGCGAUCCUAGAGACCCUUCCGCACCCGUACUUGGGUUGUCUGCCAGCGCCCGCGACGCAUUGUCCAACUCGCCUGAUAUAAUGGCACGGUAUCGUGCACAGGCCGAAUUGCUAUCCCGCGCAGGCGUUCUGCCCAAUGGGAACCUCGCUGUAGGUACGGCCCCAGGCACCGAUGGCGUUAUCCCUCCGCAUGCUCUGUAUAGCGAUGCCCAGGCCCAAGCUCACUUUAACCGUUACUCCGUGCCCAUGCCUGCCAACCCUUGGGCCCAGCCGCACGACGUCCAUCCUCAGCAGUCCUUUCAGGGUAUCGACAGAAAGGACUUCGACGAGCACUACAGGCAGUCCUUUCCUGCCCGCGAAGGAAGCAUCACCACCGAUCCCGGCGACUCAUCACUUCAGGCCCAUCCGUCCACGCACGGAUCCACGUUUCCGUCCAUAUCCUCAAACGCAGGAGCUCCUGGAGGGUACCCGCACACAAACAUUGCCUUUCACCACCACCCGGAAGAUUUAAACGAUGAUUUUGGGAGCGACGGCGGAAGCCAUUCAAUCCCGAAUAGCGCAAACUCGAGCAAUGCCCACUUGCCUCUCCCCGACGUGCAUCAUCAGCACCACCGGCAGCAGAAUUAUUCGUUGCCGGGGUUUCCGCACCUCGAUACGCUGCAGAACGCCGACAGCUCUGUCAAUAAUGGACAAAAUGGCCACAAGCAGCAAUAUACAAGCAGUGCGUUCGGGCACGACGGGCAGGGUGAGGGAGGCUUCUCGUCUGCAUUCGGACUUAUGUCGCUCGAUGACCCAAACGUCCUUGCUGGGCUCUCCGCAGAUUCCGCGCCCUUCUUCUCCAAUCUAGGCGGCUCGGGAUCGCACGCGAAUGGUUCUGGAACUAAUCUGAGCCUCCAGACGCCCACACAAGAUCUGAUCGCUGCGCUCAAAACGGGCAAAAGCGACAUGGAUACCAAGGAGAUGCGGGACUUUUGGAAGAUGUACGUGCGAACGCCGCUGAGCGGGCCGGGCGGAAAUGGCUUUGCGCUAGCCACGCCGACCAACUCUGGCCAGAUGCUCGGUGCCGGGCGGCCGUCGCCGACGCGGCGACACUCGCGGGUCGCGUCGCUGCCCAGCAUGAAGACCCCGCCGUUGCACGCGGAGGCCGCCGCUAAUGGAUUUGCGCCCCUGGGCCGGUCGAGCAUGAACGACCCGCGGCAGCAGGCACAUCCGGAUCACGACAAGGAGCGGGGGGAAGACGGACAGGUGAACCCAAAUGCCUUCUCGUCGAUGCGCACGACUUUCCACGGUGCAGAGGACCUAAAGAGCUACGAGCAAGCGGUGCUUGCACGCAAGGCACCCAUGACCCUGAACCUGGCACCCAGACGCAGGGGGACGAUCCACAACGGCGUCGUCGGCGACUUGCUACAGGCACAAGCCCAGCCUCAGCUGCAACGGGAACAAGCCCACCAUAAUGCGCAUACGAGUAAAAGCGCAAGCCCCCUUACUUCGCACCUGCCGCCACCUCCCGCAUCGAACAAAAUCACAGACUUACUCAAUCGUCCUUCGUCGACUUCCUCCAACAAUUCUUCUCUUGCACAUGCGUUUGGGCACACCGAGAGCAGACUACAGGGUCACGAUUCGCGGCCAUCGUCGCAGAGCGGGUGCCAGGGCAUGCGACCACCGUCCGUUGCAUCGAGCACGGCCGUGGGAAGCGACACGGGCGCCGAGUCUGAUUCGUCGUAUCGCCCAUCCUUCAAGCGCCUUGCGUCGCAGACGCUCGGGCCAGAGAACACGAAGAGGGCGCUGCUGGGUCCCGCCGGCUGGGAUGAUGACGUUGUGGAUGACGAUGACGAUGACGACGGGGACUAUGCCCAGAGGCGAUCGAUCUCGUCGGGGCUGGAGGUCGACCAGGCCUAUGCAGGGGCGACGGCCGGCCGGCCCACUGUGGGAAUGUCGGACCGCCUCCGCAGAGCGAGCGCCCCCACGACGGCCAUACCGCAGAGUGUGCUGGCCAUGCCCGUGUCGGCAUUCGCGCAGCCUGCAGACCAGGCGGCAGCCUCGGGGAGCUGA